AGGACAGGCAACGGCUGUCUUUCUCCAUCGUGUUUACCAAUUUCUCAGUCGCCUCCGUAAAUCACCGGCCAUUUCCUUUCUCUCUCUAAAUCUCUCUCUCUCUCUCUCCGGCGUCAAUGAUUUGAACGGUUAACGAGCAAUUCGCUUCGUAUAGAUGGGAGCAUCGUUUUCAAUUUUGGCGGAAGGUUCGAAUGGAUCGAUCAACGGCGGAAGCGCUGGUCUCGGCGAUAUACCGGAAAGCUGUGUUGCGUGUGUUUUUCUCUAUUUAACACCACCGGAGAUUUGCAAACUCGCCAGGCUCAACCACGCCUUUCGAGGCGCUGCUUCGGCCGAUUCUCUUUGGGAAUCGAAGCUCCCUACGAAUUACCAAGAUCUACUUGACCUAAUGCCGCCUGAGAGGUAUCGGAAUCUGUCUAAGAAGGAUAUAUUCGCCCUACUUUCUCGUCCUGUACCGUUUGACGAUGGAAAAAAGGAAGUAUGGUUGGAUAAGCUUACGGGAAGAGUUUGUAUGUCAAUCUCAGCUAAAUCGAUGUCAAUAACUGGAAUUGAGGAUCGGAGAUACUGGAACUGGAUUGCUACUGAAGAAUCUAGAUUCCAAGCCGUCGCAUAUCUACAACAAAUAUGGUGGUUUGAAGUAGACGGUUUAGUGAAAUUCCAUUUUCCAGCCGAUAUCUACACCCUAUCAUUCAGGAUUCACCUGGGAAGAUACAAUAAAAGGUUGGGACGACGCGUUUGCAGUUAUGAGCACAAUCACGGUUGGGACAUUAAGCCAGUAAAGUUCGAGAUCCGGCUAUCAGAUGGUCAGCAUUUCUUUAUAGAACGUUAUCUGGACGACACCUUACACGAAGUGGACACAUAUGGAAACCAAAAACGCGGGUGCUGGAUAGAAUACAAAGUAGGCGAUUUUGUGGUGGAAGAUUCUAAUCGUGCAACCGAAGUACGGUUCUCCAUGAAACAGAUUGACUGUACACAUUCGAAAGGAGGGCUUUGUGUAGACUCGGUUUCUAUUGUUCCUCGGGAUUUGAAGGUGCUAAGACGGAGAUCAAACAAGGUGAUAUAAUAUAUACUCUACUUAUAUUUUGUAGUUGUUUGAUCCACAAGGAUUUGGUGAGAUUGUAAUUUGUUGUUUGGUUUUUGUAGAAGAAGAAGAGCAUGUGUUCUUUCUUUGUUCUUCUUCUUCAUGAGGUGAAAUUAAGUGGGUCUGUGCCUUAUUUAAUUUCAUUUUCUUUAUUUCCACUAGUUUUUUUUUUUUUUUUUUGCAUGUAUUAUAGUGAAUAGGGAUAUACCAUAUUUUAGAACAUUAGAGAUGAUUGAUUGAUUUACUCAGGUGUAUACUAUUUAUUCCCCUUUUAAUCAAAUCUUGGUAACCAUUUCUUGAACUA